AUGUCUAGUAUACUAUCCUUGAUUCACUCACCGGUGACCAGCGUGAAUGCGUCGCUGUCGGGAUAUGGCAACGACUUCGAUCUGAGUCUCUUUGAAGCUCCUGCCGCUCAAUUACAGUCUCAUAAAUGGACAGUCCUCUUCUCACUGCUCGCCGGAUCGAUCAUUAUCCCGCUCUCCAAAUACCUCUUGUUCCAUGACAAACCCCCACGGGGCCUCAAGCUGGUGCCCGGCCCGCGGAGCACUCUGCCGUGGUUUGGCAGACUACACGACAUUGACGCAAACGCCCCUUGGAAGUCCAUGAAGAAUUGGUCCGAUCAGUAUGGCGGCUUCUUCAGACUCACGACGUGUGGCGAGAUGCACAUUUGGCUGGGAGACGCCAACAUUGCUCAAGAGCUAUACUGCAAGCGUGCUGCCAUCUACUCGUCUCGACCCGAGGUUGCAGCUGUUCCUGGAAGCAACUCACAAGGUCAAUACCUACCGCUCCUCGAGUACGGAGAUCAUUGGCGUCGGCAAAGAAAGUUUGCCCAUACUGUCCUCACCAGCGCCAUGUCGCAACAAUACCACGGCUAUAUCUCUCAUGAAGUCAAGCGCUUUCUGUUCAACCUCGUUCAAGAUCCGAAGGACCACUACAGCCAGACAGAUCGUUAUUGCGGCCGCAUUUCAGCAAGAAUGUGCUACGGCACGCCUAAUUCGGCUGCUGCGCACUGCAAAAACGCUGCUGAAUUCAUCCCUCAAAUCUCCCCUUCCGCCAGCGGACCCAUCACCAACAUCUUCCCCUUCCUCGGGCGGCUUCCAGAAUGCUUGAACUCGGCCAAAACGCCUUGCAGGCAGCGACGUGAGCGUGAAGAGCGAUUGUGGAAAGGCUUGAUGCGAGAAGUCAAGGAGGACAUGGCCAGCGGUAAAGCCCGUAUCUCCUACGCUCGCACAUAUUUUGAAAGAGCGCAGGCCGAGGCCAGCGGUGAUGGUCGGUCAUUCGGGUUCGAUGAAGCGGAGGCUGCCUGCGCCGUCGGUAUGCUCUGUACGGUCGCCAUAUUCACCAUCGGAGGUCCCUUGUACUGCUUUUUCCUGGCGAUGGUCCUGCACCCAGAAUGGCAAGGAAAGGCACGCGCUGAGGUGGACUCCGUUCUUGGCGAUGGGCGUGUGGUCGCAUUGUCAGAUUCUCCCAACCUCCCCAUACUCCGCGCCUGCAUAAAGGAGGUCAUGAGAUGGCGCCCACCAGUCCCACUUGGUGUGCCACGACUUGUGGAAGCGGACGACGAAUACAACGGCUAUUUCAUUCCCAAGGGUGCUGUGGUGCACGCCAUCGACCUAGCCAUUGCACGAGACCCUAAAUUGUACCCAGAUCCAGAAACAUACAACCCCGGGAGGUGGCUGGAACCUGAGUUCCCGACUUAUCAAGAGCCUCUAUCAGUGCACCCUCGUCUGCUCGGCCACCAUGGCUUCGGCAGAGGGCGCAGAUUGUGCCCGGGCAUCGAGAUCACGGAAGCUGAGCUGCUGACGGCCUGCGGCAGCCUGUUGUGGGCUUUUGAAAUGAAGCCCAACCUGGACAAGAGUGGGCAGCCCCUGUGGCCUGACCCAGAUUACUGGACCAGUAACGUCAUUGGCGGUCCAAAGCCCUUCCUAUUCGAUCUGAAGAUUCGAAGUGAGCAGAGGAAGAAUAUGGUCGCCCAGCUCUUCGAGGAGAGCUUGCAGGCCGGGUUGGACUAG